AUGGCCACACCUUUAAACGAAGAUGUUAUAAUUACCGAUCUCGAAACGAAUCAGGUAUACCAUAAAGUAGCAGGAGAUGACGAUGAGGUGAUUACAAGUCUAUGUUUUACAUCUGACGGGAGGUAUCUUGCAAUAUGCUCUCAAUCGCAGCAACUACAAAUCCUUCAUAUGGAAACGAAAAGCAUUCAAAAAACUUUCAAAUUAUCUUCGCCUGUUUAUAUAUCCACUUCGGACUCUACUUCAAGUUUAUUUGCAUUUGGUGGCUCUGAUGGAGUAAUCACUGUAUGGGAUAUCGAAGGUGGAUUUAUCACGCAUUCCUUAAAAGGACACGGUACUACAAUUUGCUCAAUAAAGACAUAUGGUGAACCCCAUGAUUCAAUAUGGAGAUUAGCUUCGGGCGAUACGAUGGGUACGGUAAAGAUAUGGGAUUUGGAAAAGAAAAAGUGUUUGCAUACUUUGAACGAUCACAACACUGCCGUCAGAGGUGUUGCCUUUGAUGAUGAGUAUGAGUAUUUCUUAUCUGGAGGAAGAGACCAUGUUGUAAUCAUUUAUUCAACUAAAAACUUUAAACCGCUUUUUACCUAUCCUAUCGAUGAGCAAAUUGAAGCAAGUGGGUUUGUUAGAUAUGUCAAUAACAAGCAAUACUUUUUCACUGCUGGGUCAAAAAACAUCUUGAGAAUUUGGGAAAUAAAAACGGGUGACUUGAUUGCGAAAUCAUUCACGCCUUUGGAAACUAACGAAGAAUUGAUGAUUAUUGAUGUCGUAAAACUAGACAACAAUAAUGAGAGUAUGUACUUGGUUAUAAGUGAUCAAACUUUGAUUGAGUUGGAUUUAAAUAUUGAGGAUCAAAGAAUUCAACAGAAUGACGUAUUUGAGUUGCCUGUGAAGAGAAAGAUUGCUGGUAACCAAGGUAUUAUUGCCGAUAUCAAGUAUGCCGGACCUAACCACAACUUGUUGGUUAUGGCUACUAAUUCUCCAGCUUUGAGAAUCAUGAGUUUUGAUAAACCAUUUGAAUUGAGAUCAUAUGAGGGCCAUACAGAUUUGCUUAAUGCAGUAGAUGUAAGUCAUGACGGGAGGUGGAUUGCUACUGCGUCCAAGGAUAAAGAAGCAAGACUUUGGGCUUGGGAUGAAGAGAAACAAGAUUUUGAAAAUUUUGCAGUGUUUCAAGGACAUGCAGGUCCAGUCACUGCUAUCAGCUUGAACAAAACGACACCAUCAUCAUCUUCUUCUUCAGCAGCAGCAGCAGCAGCUCCUGUUUUCCUCAUAACUGGUUCGAGUGAUCUCACUAUAAAGAAAUGGAAGAUACCCAAAGAAAAAGGACAAGUAAUUAAACACUCUGUGUUCACCAGGAGGGCUCAUGAUAAGGAUAUCAACGCUAUAGAUGUGUCACCUAAUGACGAGUUUUUUGCAACUGCUUCAUAUGAUAAAUUAGGAAAAGUAUGGAGUACAGAAUCCGGUGAGACUGUUGGAGUUUUGAAGGGCCAUAAGCGAGGACUUUGGGAUAUUAACUUUUAUAAAUAUGACAAGUUAAUAGUCACUGGGAGUGGUGACAAGACGGUGAAAGUUUGGUCAUUGAGUGAUUACACAUGUAAAAAGACAUUCGAAGGUCACACCAACGCCGUGCAACGAGUCAAAUUUUUCAAUAGUGUAAGCCCCCAGUUGAUAUCCACUGGUGCUGAUGGAUUAGUGAAAGUUUGGGACUACAAGUCUGGCGAAACGGUCAAGACUUUGGAUAAUCAUGAUAAUAGGAUAUGGGCAUUGGGUAUCAAAGAUGAGGAAGGUGAUAGCUUUACAACUGCUGAUGCUGAUGGAAAAAUAACGCAAUGGCAGGAUAAUACUGCUGAAGAGAAUCGAUUGCAGGAGGUUCAAAAAAAGAACAAAAUAGAACAAGAACAAAACUUGAGCAACUCCAUGAAGAAUCAGGAUUGGAGCAAUGCUUUUCUUCUUGCAUUGACCUUGAAUCAUUCAAUGAGACUUUACCAUGUGAUAAAAUCGUCCAUAGAAGCAAAUGUAGAUAGCGAGUCAGCAAUUGGAUCUUUUGAGUUAGAAACGACAAUCGGCAAUCUAAACAAUGAGCAGUUACUUUGCUUGUUCAAAAGAAUCCGAGAUUGGAACAUUAAUUUCAAGUUUUUUGAAAUUAGCCAGAGUCUACUACAUGUUAUUUUGCACAAUUUCAGUAUCGACAAAUUGAUUGAGAUACCUGGAAUUAUGAAGAUUGUUGAGAGUAUUAUACCCUACAACGAACGUCAUUACAGUAGGUUAGAUGAGUUGAUUGAGGAGACAUAUGUGUUGGACUACACCCUCGAACAAAUGAACCAGUUGCUGAUGACAUAG